GACUGAUACCUUUAUGUUGACUCCUACUGAUGAGGAAAGUGACCACCAGCUCCUCUCUCACAACUCUCAUGUAGCUGAGAGCCAAGAUCAGAAAGGAGGCAAGCAUGGAGACUCAGGCUCAACUAGAACUGCAGAGCCAAAUGAACAGAAUCUACACCACAAAAGCAUAAGUCACAGUAACAAUGUAGACAACCCUCACCUGUCAGAGAUGCACUGUGAUACUCACACAGGUAAACAGCCUUUAAAAUGUGACACAUGUGGGAAAGACUUUAAGUAUAAAUCAUUACUAGAGAGACAUCUGAGAACCCACACAGGUGAGAGGCCGUUUGCAUGCAAAAUAUGUGAGAAAGGAUUUAUUAAGAAAUCAUCAUUGAACUGUCAUAUAAGAACCCACACAGGUGAGAAGCUGUUUGCAUGCAAAACAUGUGGGAAAGCUUUCAGAAAUAAUAGUCACUUGACAAUCCACACGAGAAUCCACACAGGUGAGAAGCCAUAUUCUUGCAAUAUAUGUGAGAAAGGAUUUAUUGAGAAAUCAUCAUUGAACUGUCAUAUAAGAAUCCACACAGGUGAGAAGCCGUUUGCAUGCAAAACAUGUGAGAAAGCUUUCAGAAAAAAUAGUCACUUGACAGUCCACAUGAGAACCCACAAAGGAGAGAAGCCAUAUUCCUGCAACACAUGUGGGAAAAGAUUCACUCAGAAAUCAGCAUUGACGUCUCAUCAUACAAGAAUCCACACAGAGCUCCCACAGCAACAUGUCUGUAAGGAGGAGGAGGUUCUCUCUGACCAG